GCAGCGGCUGCUCACACAACAGUUCUCAUGCUACUUGCAAGCAGCUCAUUUGCAGGAGCACCAGCACCGUGCCCGGAGGAUGAAUGAAGCCUACAGCUCUGCAGCACCCCGACCCAUAAGCAGCACCUCUCCCAGCACCAUGAAAAUGUUUAUGUGCUUCCUUGCUGUAUUCAUGGUGGUACAGACCAUUGGGACCAUACUUUUCUGCUUAUAUCUUCACAUGAAGAUGGAUAAGAUGGAAGAAGUGUUGAGUUUAAAUGAAGAUUACAUCUUCCUGAGGAAAGUGCAGAAAUGUCAGACGGAAGAAGGUCAGAAAUCGACAUUAUUGGACUGUGAAAAAGUUCUGAAAGGCUUCCAGGACCUUCAGUGCAAGGAUAGGACAGCCAGCGAGGAGUUGCCAAAAUUUGAAAUGCACAGAGGUCAUGAGCACCCCCACUUGAAGAGUAGGAAUGAGACAUCUGUGGCAGAGGAGAAGAGGCAGCCGAUUGCAACGCACCUGGCAGGGGUGAAGAGCAACAGAGCAGUGCGAGUGCUGGAGUGGAAGACGACGAGCUAUGCCCCAACAAGCAGCUUGAUAUCCUACCAUGAGGGGAAGCUGAAAGUGGAAAAAGCAGGGCUCUACUACAUCUACGCACAAGUCAGCUUCUGCACCAAGGCGGCGGCUUCGGCGCCGUUCACCCUCUACAUUUAUUUGUACCUCCCCAUGGAACAGGACCGUCUCCUGAUGAAGGGACUCGACACGCACAGCACCUCCACGGCUCUCUGUGAGCUGCAGUCCAUCCGGGAGGGCGGUGUCUUUGAGCUGCGGCAGGGCGACAUGGUCUUCGUCAACGUGACGGACUCAACGCUAGUGAACACCAACCCUGGCAACACCUACUUUGGCAUGUUCAAGCUGUAGAGAGGAGGGGCCCAGCCCGACUCUGUAGAGCCAAGGGGCUUUCCCUGUUUCCCGUAUUUAUGUUCCCCUGCCUCUUUGUUGUUCUUGUUUCUUAUAUUGUAUAUUUUGUUAUUUAUUGAUGAGGGCCAACGGGCCCUGAGAACAGGAAAGGAAAAAAGUUUGAA